CUGAUCACUGGCUGGCCCUACAUUCAGACAAGGAACCAUGGGAAUGCCGGUUUGUAUCUUGGGUUCCCACACAACUCGGAUGGCUCAGUGUGUCCUCCAAGUAAGAAGAGGUUUGCACAGUGUUGGCUUCAAAGUUCACCCUUUCGUAAAGGAAGCUCUGGACAAUGGGAGGCCUGUUGUUGCCUUGGAAAGCACGAUAAUUACCCACGGCAUGCCAUAUCCCCAGAAUCUGAGCACAGCCAGAGAGGUAGAGGAAAUCGUAAGAACAAAUGGUGCUGUGCCAGCCACUGUAGGCAUUUUGAAUGGCUGUAUCCAUGUAGGCCUCCAGAAUGAUGAACUCGAGCGUCUGGCAAAAACAAAAAAUGCAGUGAAGGUAUCCCGCAGAGACUUUCCCUAUGUUCUCAGCCAGGGCUUGUCCGGUGGUACUACUGUGGCAGGAACUAUGCUUGUGGCACACAAAGCUGGUAUCCCUGUGUUUGCGACGGGAGGGAUCGGAGGGGUCCACCGUGGAGGAGAAAAAAGUUUAGACGUGAGUGCUGAUCUGACAGAGCUAGGCCGAACUCCUGUCGCUGUCAUUUCUGCGGGUGUCAAGUCUAUACUGGAUAUUGGUAGGACACUUGAAUAUCUGGAAACUCAAGGGGUCUGUGUGGCCACCUUUGGAGAAUCCAGAGAGUUCCCAGCCUUCUUCUCCCGUCAGAGUGGCUUCCAAGCACCCUAUAAGGUACAAAACGAGGAGGAUGCUGCUAAACUGAUUGCCAGGUCCUCGGCCUUGCAGCUGGGCAGCGGAGUGCUGAUCGCAGUGCCCUGCCCGGAGGAGGAAGCUGCUUCAGGACAGCUUAUUGAAGAAGCGACCCAGCAGGCCUUGAGGGAGUCUCGAGCUCUUAUUCUUCCAUUGGCAGGAAUCACAGGAAAGGAGCUCACGCCCUUCUUGCUGCAGAGAGUGAAUGAAUUGUCUAGUGGAAAAUCCCUCCAUUCCAGUAUUGCCUUGAUCAAGAACAAUGCCAAAGUGGGCAGCCAAAUAGCCGUGGCCCUGAAUAAAAUCCAGAGGACCCAAGGGAGGAGAGAUGGCCCCUCUCCGAGUGGAAAAGCGGUUUCUGCUCCAAGACCAGUGGUGAUUGGUGGCAUCAACGUUGAUUUCAUAGCCAAGGCAAAAAGUUCAGCAAUAGUGGACGGAGGACAAACAAACCCAUCAACGGUGAGACAGUCUUUUGGUGGCGUGGGGAGGAACGUGGCAGAUUGCUUAAGUCGCCUUGGGAAAAUUCCUGUCUUUAUCUCAGCAAUGGGGAAGGAUGAGCAUUCUGAGUCUGUCCUACGUCACUGCAGGCAUAUGGUGUCUGGAUUCAGGGAGAACCUGUGCCGGGCACCGCUGGUAUGCAUCGACGGGAAUGUACCAGUUUCCACCAUUCAGUAUGUCUGUCAGUUUGCCAGAGAACAUCACUUAGCAGUGUAUUAUGAGCCGACAGAUGUGGACAAGGCUUCCAAGCCGUUCUUCUCAGACAGCUGGAGAGCCCUGGCCUGUGUCUCUCCCAAUCUGCGGGAGCUGAGGGCAAUCAGCCGGACCCUGGGACACCCUGUGCCAGCAGAUCUGCCAUCCAAGCUGGAAGACGUCGUCGAGACUGCCGUGGCCCUUGUCCUCCCCUUACUGAGAGAGUUGCACUGUGUGGUGGUAACACUUGGCCAGCACGGCGUCCUCGUGUGUGGCCAGAGCAUGGACGGGAGUGUCUCUCUUCAUCCUGGAUCUUGUAGCAAGACCACGACAGGUGAGCUGUGCGUCACUCACUACCCAGCGAUCCCAGUCCCCGUGGAGGAGAUAGUGAAUGUCUCUGGAGCAGGUGACAGCUUAAUGGCUGGAAUAAUUGCUGGGCUGCUCGAUGGCGAGGACACAGAUAGCUGUGUCCGAAUGGGCCUCUUAUCCGCCAGCCUCUCUCUCCGUUCCUGUGAGCCUGUUUCUCCCGAGAUCAAUGCCGCCAGUGUGAUGCCAUUUCUUUUCCUGGACGAAGCCAGUGGGCAGUUGGCUGGGGGAAAGCCGGCUGCCGAAGAGCACUCCGCUGCCUCUGCAUCUGCCAGGGGCAAGAAGACCCCUGCCUCCUUCCCUGAAGGAGAUGGCGGGAGAGGUGCGAGAAGAGAGCCCUCCGGGGGGCUGCAGAAGGCAGGAGGCGGCGCUGGAGCUCAGGACGGAAGCCAGAGCAAAAUGGUGAGCCCAGCCACCAAUAAGUUGGCUGCUGGCAGCAAGAAGCCGUCUCCCCAGCUGCCCCCUCCGAAAAGGAGAAGCCAAGGGCUUCAGAAGCACCUGAAAGGCCACGGGAAGUUUAAUACAGACACGGUAUCUUAUUUUGCUGAGGUUUUCAGCAUUCCUGUUUCGGGAUUCAGUCGAAGACCUGCAAAAGACCCUCGGACUGUGACGGCUGCUUGGGCCUCUACACCUGCAAACUGCCAAGGGGGAAGUGUGACUUAAAAGCAGUCUCCCGGAAAACAGGUACCCCAUAAAUUCAUCGGGCAGGCUUACACAGGUGAAUGUGGGACCCUUGCCCUAUCUGUGCCUCAGUGUGGCAUGUGGUUUCCCACAGAGUAUCCAGAACAGAUGAAGGUCCCAAGGAUCCUCUCCAUCUUUUAG